AUGGCACCAAGGCUUCAAUUCGACGUUUGGCAAUGUCUCCGAAUGGGACGUAUGAACAAGAAACUAAACAGUGCGAAUCCGCAUCGAUAUCGCGCUCUUCAACCGAUCGAGUAUGCUUUCAUAAAUGUAGUUACAAGCAAUGUGAGAGCUCCAGGGGGAUGGUCGUACACAGUGGAUUUUGGUUCAGUUGUGCGAGAAAUUCUCGACUUUGAUUCCAUGAGGCAAUGCCUCGCGAACCCCGAGGGCUAUAGAUGCUUUGAACUUCUCAUCGACACGGCUAUUUCGACAGGCACUGUUCCUUCCCUAGACCUCUGGGGCAUAAAUAGUCCUUCAAUGUUACUGGGAAAUUCCAUAAAACAAAACUGUUAUGACGCCGUCGCAGUUAUUCUCAGACGGCGAACGGAACUUGGCCUUGACCGCUUCUUGAGUGAGAUGUGCUUCGAAAAUAUUCCUGUAAUGGAUGGUUUUCUUUCCCAGUAUCAUCUCUCGGAAAGAAUGAUCGAAUGUCUUAUUGCCUGUACUGGUAUGCCAUUUAGUUCCGCCUGUGGCCUAGCAUUUGUAGGUGCUAUCAAUUUUCUUCUUAAGAAUAGCCCGGAGCUACAGAACAAUCCGGACCAAGUGUUAGCUGGUUUCCAUCAUCUUACUACGUCCCCAUCCUGGUAUGGCAAUCCGGGUGAAUCAGGCCGAAAUAUUACGAGGUGCAUUAAUGCACUUAGCAGGUUUAUUCGGGCCAAAACCCUAGCGCCAGUCCCCAUCCCCGUAGUAGAGAUGUUGCUAAAUCGCAUAUGGAGAGUGGUUAAUCCAAUUGCAAGAUUCGACGCAGGUGUUGGUGACGCAGAAGGCGUAACCCAAGAGCAAUUGUUAGAUGCGAUGGCUCAAUCUAUCACGUGCCAGCAAUAUUCUAGAGUAUUCAACACUAUCAUCGACUUGAAUCCAAGGUAUGCAUAUAUUCCGAAUAGGAACGCCGAUAGGACUGCACGGCUAGGGCAUACACGCUUUGUCGACCUUGUUACCCGAGAAAAUAUUGGUCUUCCCCUGAAUUUCAACUGGAAUAGGUAUGAUAGAAGCACUUUCGACGGGGGCCGGAUACCUGAUGAUGAUGAUGAUGAUAACUGAAGAUAUCUAAGAGUACAUGUAUUAAGAGGUACAUAUAGGUACCUGGAUUAGUAUUGUUUUAGAUUUAUACAAAAGUAUUGUUUAAUAAUAUUCAAAGCAACUAAGGUUGUCUUUUCCAUACCAUUCUUCUUUUAUGCAUGUUCCUUUCAACCGCAUAAGGAGUCAAGUCUUUGCUUGUUAUUAAUUCCUUUUUCCGUUUCUUUUCUUUUCUUGUCAUUUUCGAGAGCCGCAGGAUCGUACCAAAUGCGGAAAUGUUUUCAACAUUAACAUCAACAUUAACAAAUGCAGAUGCAAGUAUUUU